UGCCGCUCCCAGUCGUUAAUGAUAAUUCAAAUAAAAUUCAUUUUCCAGAGAUGAUUAACUUGAUUAAAAUCUUUUGAGUUCUCCCGUGACGGUGCAGAGUGACGGAAUGUGAUUUCAAGAAGAUGCUUCUGCAUUAAAAAUUUUACAAGGAUUAGGCCUGCUUUCCUGAAGAGUUCUCAAAAGAUUACAUAAAUGAUGAUCUUCUUUAUACACCUCGCGAUUUGCGCAGCAGGUUGGAGCGGCGCGCAUGCGCUAAAGCUGCGCCAGGUGUCGGUGCCGGGCUACAGCCGCACAGGUGACACCGUCUCCCUGCACUGCGACUUUGACCUGGAGGGCGACCAGCUCUACAACGUCAAGUGGUACAAAGGCGUCAAGGAGUUCUUCAGAUACGUGGCCGCCGACUCCCCACCCAAACAAGUCUUUGACUUGCCAGGAGUAGUUGUCGAUCGUGACAGGAGCAGCAUGGACAAGGUGGUACUGAGCAGCGUCACGCCCCUCAGCUCGGGCCUCUACAAGUGCGAGGUGUCGGCCGAGGCUCCCAGCUUCCAUACCGACUCCGGCUCCGGCAAGCUCCUUGUAGUCGACCUGCCGUCCUCCCCGCCCCGCGUGACGGGCGUGCGUCGUCUCUACCACGCGGGCGACGCGGCCGCCCUCAACUGCUCCUCGCGGUCCAAGCCAGCGGCCGCCCUCAGCUGGUACAUCAACGACAUCAAGGCCGAGCAGGCGUUCCUCGUGGACUACGCGCCUGUGCGCGGGCCACACGGCCUCGAGACGUCGACGCUGGGGCUGCAGUUCGAGGUGCUGCCUGAGCACAUGCAGCACGGCGUGCUGUCCUUCAGGUGCACCGCCACCAUCGCCUCCGUCUACUACAACGAGACAAGAGUGGAUGUCAGGGCGCUGCUCAGUCCCAACCCAAGCUCCCUCAACGGCAGGGAGAAGCUCACGGGGAGCAGUGGCAGCAGCACGACGAGUCUACACCCACCACUACGGUGGUGGGGGAACGAAUUCACCACUCUCGUCCUCAUCCUCAUCACCCAGAGAUAAUGCACUUCAUCACACAUGAAAACUAAGCUGCGUUCAUGAACUUUCCCGUCGAAGUUGCGCUCUACGGUCCGUCGUAAUUUAAGUUCCGGUAAUUUAGCAUCUAGAUUAAAGAGGAAUAAUUGGGAUUUUCCCGAGACCCCUUUUCUUGACAAGAUAUUCCCUGCUUGAAAUUUCAGUUACAUCAUUAGCAUCGAUGGUAGUUAUUGUUGUCCGGCGAGUACUGACGCCUUCCGAGUUCUAUCUAAC